CCGCCCCCGGUGCUCCGCGCUCCACUGCCGUCGCCCCAAGCCUCGCCGCUGUCCCACCGCCACCAUGGAGGCCAUCAAGAAGAAGAUGCAGAUGCUGAAAUUGGACAAGGAGAAUGCCAUCGAUCGUGCCGAGCAAGCAGAGGCCGACAAAAAGCAGGCAGAGGACCGCUGCAAGCAGCUGGAGGAGGAACAGCAGGGCCUGCAGAAGAAACUGAAAGGCACUGAGGAUGAAGUGGAGAAGUACUCUGAGUCUGUCAAGGAGGCCCAGGAGAAGCUGGAGCAGGCAGAGAAGAAAGCUACAGACGCUGAGGCUGAAGUGGCUUCUCUGAACCGCCGUAUCCAGCUGGUUGAGGAGGAGCUGGACCGAGCCCAGGAGCGCCUGGCCACUGCCCUGCAGAAGCUGGAGGAGGCUGAGAAGGCAGCUGAUGAGAGCGAGAGAGGCAUGAAGGUCAUCGAAAACAGAGCCAUGAAAGAUGAGGAGAAGAUGGAGCUCCAGGAAAUGCAGCUGAAGGAAGCAAAGCACAUAGCAGAGGAGGCUGACCGCAAAUAUGAGGAGGUCGCCCGCAAGCUGGUCGUCCUUGAAGGAGAGCUGGAGCGCUCAGAGGAGAGGGCAGAGGUGGCAGAGAGCCGAGUGAGACAGUUGGAAGAAGAGCUGCGGACCAUGGACCAGAGUCUCAAAUCUCUCAUUGCCUCAGAAGAAGAGUAUUCCACCAAGGAGGACAAGUAUGAGGAGGAAAUUAAGCUUCUAGGGGAAAAACUGAAGGAGGCAGAGACCCGGGCAGAGUUUGCGGAGAGGUCUGUGGCGAAGCUGGAGAAAACCAUUGAUGAUCUAGAAGAGCGCUCCCGGCGGGAGGCUGAGAAAAACCGCAUUCUCACUAACGAGCUGCGGGUCAUUCUUACCGAACUUAACAACUGAGCUGCCCAAAGCUCCUGGCCCCAGCCCAGCCCCCCUGCACUGUUUUGACCAGGGUGGCUGAGGGGUGGGAGCCCCCAUCUGCUUCCUGCCAUGGCUAGGUGGGGUGUGAAGCCUUGGCUUAACCCCCUGCCUCGAUGGGAGAUGGAGUCCCUCUGGAGUUGAAUGUUUUUGUUUGGGAGAGGAAUGAGGGUUUUUGUGAUGUCCUGGGAUGCCCAUGUGGUGAUGGUU